AUGGCGAGAUUGGUCCGCAGAGCCACCGCAGCUGAGGUGAAGCAAAGCCUGGUUCGGUUCUAUAACCGCUCCGGCUCAGAUUCAACAUACCUAUAUGGAGCAAAUCCUCUGAAUCACUCUAUCAAUACCAGAUUCUUCACUGGGUCAGACACUGGGAACCCAAUAAGUCGUGAGAACAUGAAGCAAUCAAGCACUGUUGCAGGCUUAGAAACCGGUAUAAAGUCCAACUCGCCCCUGCGAACGACUUAUAGGUUAUGGGAUCAGACUCCACUUCCAUCAAGCAGAAAGGCCAAAACUCAUCAUGUAGGCCGGAGAAGCACCACUGACGGCAGCCGUGAUUCGCUAUCACUUUUUCAGCCAGGAUCUAGGUCAACUUCCUUCAGUGAAACUUCUCACGGCCUAGCGUCAACCUCUUCCAGUGAUCGAAGCCAUCGCCUCGUAACUGUAUGCCAGAAGACCCAAGACACAACAGGCGGCGAUACAAAGGACAGUAACUACCCUUUAGCUUGCCCCUUCUUCAAACGUGAUCCCAGCAAGUAUGGACAGACAUGUUCUAGGGGCUGGUUUCAGUUUCACAGGUUGAAGGAGCAUGUAUUUCGAAAACACUGUACGCCAAGGUACAGAUGUUCUCGCUGUCUAUCAUAUUUUGAUGAUGCUGCUGGCCUUGAAGAACACGCUCGUUCUGUGGAACCUUGCAUAUUGCGGGAAUCCACAGAAAUUGAGGGCAUAAACGCCGAACAGGAACGCCGCCUCCGCUCAAGGAAGCGAACCAGGACGGAGACUGACUCAAACGAAGCGGGUCGUGAGGCACAACGAUGGCGCGAGAUGUACAAGAUCAUCUUCCCAGAUGCUGAUUCACAGACAAUAUCUCCGUACAACGAUUACAGCCAUGUAGCUUACACAGCGGCCGGCUCCUCGGAAACAAUUGAAAAUUACAGCAAGUUCUUAGAUGGAGGUAUUCCUUCAGAGGUUCAAAACAAAUUGCAGGCAACUAUCAAUCGGGAGCUUGGAUUUAGUGAACUGGAAGGGAGGAGAAUUAUUGACAUACUCCCCAUCCUGCAACAGACACUCCUACAGUCCUUUCAGAGCCACAAUGAGAAUUGA